UUCAACGCAGAGCCAAUUAACACAGAAACAAGGCACCGCAGCACGGAGACCUUUAACAAAACGGGACGCGGCCCAACGGCGCCACUGUUUGAAAAUCUUAACUUGUUGAGCUGUUUGUGUUGUUGUAGCAUUGGCGUUUUUACACAUUUUCUCAGUGCUUAAUCAGUUAAAAUCCACUUGGGUGUAAAUAUGGGUGUCCAGGAUUUGUGGUCUGUCGUGGAGCCGGUUCGUGAGUCGGUGCCGCUGUACAGUUUGAGCGGAAAGACGCUGGCAGUCGACCUGAGUUUAUGGGUGUGCGAGGCCCAGCACGUCCAAGCGAUGAUGGGGAGAGUCACGAAGCCCCAUCUGAGGAAUUUAUUUUUCAGGGUGUCGUCCCUCACACUGAUGGGGGUGAAGCUCGUCUUUGUCAUGGAAGGAGAAGCUCCAAAAAUUAAAGCAGAAACAAUGAGCAAGAGGACAGAAACAAGAUAUGGAGGCUUCAAAAAGAGCUCUGCCCCAAAGUCUGCAGCAGGCACCGGCAGGGGGCGCUUUAAAGCUGUGCUCAGAGAGUGCGCAGAGAUGCUGGACUACCUGGGUGUGCCGUGGGUCACAGCUGCUGGAGAGGCUGAGGCUAUGUGUGCUUACCUGGACUCACAGGGCCUGGUGGACGGCUGCAUCACUAAUGAUGGAGAUGCUUUCUUGUAUGGAGCCCGAACUGUGUACAGGAACUUCAAUAUGAGCAGUAAAGACCCUCAGGUGGACUGUUACCAGACUUCUCGAGUACAAACAGAAUUAAAUCUGUCCAGAGAGAAUCUUGUUGGUCUGGCCAUUCUCCUUGGUUGUGAUUAUAUUCCCAAGGGCAUACCAGGUGUGGGCAAAGAGCAGGCCCUGAGGCUUAUUCAGAUGCUGAAAGGACAAACACUCAUACAGAGGUUCAUGCAGUGGAAGGAAGAGACCACAGAAGUGUCUGAAGGAGGCGUAAAGAAAGUUCCUCACUGCAACUUGUGUCGACAUCCUGGCUCCGCGAAGACUCAUGAGUCCCGCGGAUGUGUGCUCUGCAGCAGUAAGCACUUCUGUCAACCUCAGGACUUUGAUUACCAGUGUCCAUGUGACUGGCACCGCUACGAACAGACCCGCCAGGCCUUGUCUUUUGAGGCAAACAUCAGGAGGAAAACACGUGCAAACCAGCAUUUCCCUUUUACGGAGAUCAUUUGUGAGUUUCUGGUUUCCAAAGAUAAGCCUGUGUCGCAUUUCAAGAGGAGAAAGCCGAAUAUGCUGCUGAUGCAGAAAUUUGCUUAUGACAAGAUGGAGUGGCCGAGGCACUACACCAGCGAAAAGGUGUUAGUCUUGAUGACCUAUGCCGAGCUGAUGAACAGAAAAUAUGGAACAGACAUGUCCUCCCAAACUGAGCCUAUCCGAAUAUUUAAACCAAGAGUGAGGAAUGGCAUUGCUUGCUUUGAAGUCAUCUGGAGAACACCAGAACAUUUUGUGUUUCCUGAGGAUCGGCCUGCAGAGGAACAGCAUGAGGUGAGGACGGUGGAGGAGGAGUCCCUGUUUUGUUUGGCAUACCCAGAGCUGGUAGAGAUGUACCUCAGAGACAAAGCUCUGGCUGAAGAGAGCAAGACCAACAAAAAGAAGCCAAAAAGUAAAAAGGAGAAGCCGUCCGAUGGUUUAUCAGACCUCUUGGCUCAGAUGACCCUUCAGAGUUCCUCUUCAUCGAAUGGUACUGCUCAACAGCCAAAGCUGCUCCCUAUGUUUGUAAGCACAGAUGAAUCAGAAGUGGUGAUUUUGGACACACCAGUGAGCCAUAUGCAGAAUAAAAGAGGAAAAGAUGAUUGCUCCAGCCUGAAAGAUUGCCCCAACACUCCUCUGUCUCCUGCUGACUCAGAGGCCGUUGCAUCACCUUCUGUCUCUGUUGUAAUUGAAGCGCUACACCUCAGUGAUAUUGACUGGGAUGCUUUGUCCUUCACAUCUUCUCCAUCUCAACAAGCAGCUACAAGCCACCCCACCGGGCCCGAGCUAAAUAAAACCACAGACAGUGAAACAGAGCAGAAAACCUCAAGUGAUGUCAAAUCAGCAGACUCCAGAUCUGCUCCAGAGCUCUGUUACUCAGAGUGUCCUUUAAGGGACCGGAUACUCAUGAGGAAUACAGCCAAAACUGUGAAUCAGGUAUGCAAUGAUGCAGUCAAGUCAAAACCCAGUGGACAUGUUUCCAGAGAGUGUCGCAGUGAUUUGUCAGGGAAAGAAUCUGCUGUCGAGAAAAAUGAAGCAUUCGCAGAAAAAAGCCAACGUGUAGAAAAUGCAUUACAGCCUGCAGCACAAGCUCAAAGCAAAAUGACAGAAAAAUUUAACAACUCCAAAAAGGUGCCUCACAAAUACAAAUUUGUCAGGACAGGUAUUCAAUCAUUGACUGUCCCACCACAGAGGUGUCACCCCAACCCAGGUCCAAGUGACAGGAAGGACAAGAGCAUACCGCAGACCAUCAAAAAGAGUGUGUGUAUGAGCGUGUGUUCAUCCAGCGAAGACAGUGACGUGGAGAACCAGCAGUCUGGACCUCAAAGACUGACAAAAACCAAGCCUAUACACAAACUCCAAGGCAGCUUUGUUUCAGACUUCCCGCUGAAACCAGUUUAUUCAGAUGCAGCGACCAAACCAACAGCAAAAACUGCUCAGAGCCUUCAUUUACCGAGACAAAAACCUCAGAGCCAAAGUGAACAUUUUGAAAACAGCACACCUGGAUCAACUAAAAACAACUGCCAGGAGGUCCCGGCAGCUGGUGUGGAUGGCGACAGGUUCCUUCCCAUUCCAGCAUCGCCUGUCACUGUGUUAGAGAGCGACGACUCAGUGAUUUGUAGCGAGAGUCCACUGCCGCUGGCAGAGAGACUGAGGCUGAAGUUUCAGAAGUAAUCAGCAUGAUUACACGAUGAACGACAAAAACAUGUAAGCUGCUGUUGUUUUAACCAUGAAAGUUUCAUCUUGACUUUUCAAAUACACAUAACAUGAGCUCAAGGUAUGGAAGCUUUUUUAUUUUUUUUUUGCUGCCACU